AGGCAAGGAAGGAGGGGAGGAGGGCGUUGGGAGCAGAAGCCCCACCUUUCAUUCCAGCAAAGAGCACCAGCAGAGCAGGAAUGACUCACAGGCGCGGGAGCUCAGGUUCCCACAGGUGAGGCGACAGACUGCUUUCCCCGGAAAACGCCGAGGCGCUCUCUCCGCCAGGAGCGGCCUUGGCAGGGUGCUGGCGCGCUCCGUCUGCGCGGUCUGGUCUCUGGGGCCAGGCCUGGGUUUCCCUCAUGUAUGGCCAGAGCCCUACGCGUGCUGUGCUUUUUCUCCUUGGCGUACAGCUCACAGCUCUUUGGCCAGUAGCAGCUGUGGAAAUUUACACUCCCCGGGUGCUGGAGGCUGUCAAUGGGACAGAUGUCAGGUUAAAAUGCACUUUCUCCAGCUUUGCCCCAGUGGGUGAUGCUCUCACGGUGACCUGGAAUUUCCGUCCUCGAGAUGGGGGCCCUGAGCAGUUUGUUUUCUACUACCAUGUGGAUCCCUUCAAACCCAUGAGUGGGCGUUUCAAGGACCGAGUGGUCUGGGAUGGCAACCCUGAGCGGUAUGAUGUCUCCAUCCUCCUCUGGAAGCUGCAGUUUGAUGACAAUGGGACAUACACCUGUCAGGUGAAGAACCCACCUGAUGUUGAUGGACUGAUAGGGGAGAUCCAGCUCAGCGUCGUGCAGACUGUGCUAAGUCAUGUCCAACUCUUUGCGACCCCAUGGAUUGCAGCGUGCCAGGCUUCCCUGUCCUUCAUUAUCUCCUGGAGUUUGCUCAAACUCAUCUCCAUUGAGUUGGUGGUGCCAUCCAACCAUCUCAUCCUCUGUCUUAUCUUUACACAUAUCAAUUUACUGUGCUCUUAGUGCUUCCCUCCCCCCUUAUUACUAAUGAGGAAACCAAUGCUCAUACAGGUUAAGUCACUUGUCCAAAGUCAUGGAGCAGAUAAAUGGAAUCACUCAGAACUCAAACCCAAGCAUCUCUGUCUCCAAAAUUGUGCUCCAUCUAAUGCACUGUAUUGCCUGCAGGCCUAGAAAGGACAACCUGGAAAACUGCCAGAUAACAAAAAGAAAAGACCACAGAACUUGAGAGUUGUAAAUUUGGGUCUGAGUCACUGCUACAGUUUAUCAGCUAUAAAUAAAUUUUUUUCUUCUGUAAAGUGAGAAUAAUAGAGCUAAGAUUAUGAUGAGGAUAAAAAUGACAUAAUAAAAGUAAAAAUCCCCAAAGUCUGAAUUGUACUGAAAAUUAUAAUAGCUACCAUACAUUGAAAGUAUUAUGUGCAGGCACAGCAUGGAACAAUUUAAAUAAGCAAUUUUAUUUUUUAUAAGAACUCAAGAAAUGAGUAUUGUUAUCUUUACUUUAUACAUUGAAGAAACUGAGGCUCAAAAAAAAAGUUAACUACCCAAGUCACAUAGGAGCUGGUAUUUUAACCUAGCUGUCUUUGGUGUAUUCUCUUAACCAACACGUUACUGUCCAAAACAUAAAAGCCUAUAAAAUGGUAUGAAUUCCCCCUUUCAGUCCUAGUAUCAUCCUUCAAGGUCCUAUCAAUAGAGAGCUGUGUGACCUUGGAGAAGUCAUUUGAGUGUUGAAAGAAGUAAUGUAAUGUCUUUGGGUCUGUUUCUUCUUUGCAAAAUGAACAGGUAGAUAAGAACCCACGGGUCUUAAACAUACUAGGAUGACUACUCUGAGGACCUAAUGAAAGCCAUAACCCCUAUUUACCACAAACAAGGCACACAAUCUGACAUGGAUUUUGUGGGUUUGUUCUCCUUCACCAUGCCCCCCCCCCCUUCCCCACCCUCUUCCUUUACAGACUCGAGGCUGGGGAACCCCUGGGCUAGAUAUUCGCUAAUGUCUUUUCUAGCUCUGUAGGUUUUUUGAAAUUUAAAUCAGAAAUCAAGCUCAAGAUCAAGAGACCCAGCCUUCACAGUCUCUAACCUUUUUUAGGGACCCUUCCCUCUGGGUUCUCUUACAUCAUUGAUCCACUAGACUACAGUUACUUGUCUCUGUUUCCUGUGGGUAUCAGUUCCUUGAAGGUAAUGUCUUUUCUGGCUUUGUAUUUCCACUAAAGUACUAGAACAUAAUAAGCUCUUAAUAAACCUGAAUAAAUGACUGACUGAAUGACAGAGGUGAGGAUUCAGGGAGAAAUCAACACUGGAUUUGAUUAGGUCAGCAAUAACCUUACCCCAUUAGCUAGGUUACCUGCCCCCAGUGAUUCUCAAAUUUUUUGCAUGCAUCAGAAUCACCUGGAGGACAAGUUAAAACAGAUUGCUGGGCCCCACCUGUAAUUGGGUAGAUCUGGGGUGGGGCCUGAUGGAACUCGCCUUUCGAAGUUCUCAAGUCAUUCUGUAGCUGCUCCUCCUAGGACCAUAGUUUGAGAACCACUGAAGUGCCUCUAUGGCUUUCCUAUUGCUACCAGAGUUUACACAGUUAAUAUGGUAGAAGAAAGGAAUAUUUCAUUUGGUGAAAACACAUCCCUAUUAUAUCUUUAGAUUUCAUCACAGUCCUCCUCUUCAGAAUCCCAACCUGAUCUUUUCU